CCAGUAUCGACCGGCUGUCGAGUUACAGUUUUCGAGAAAUACAAAUCGAAAUUCGGGCCGUCUAAAAGUCGAAAGUGAGCACGGCACGGGGCACGGGGUGCCUAAUCGAAGAUCGAACCGAAAAUCGAGCAUGCGAAUCGACUAGCCUGCUGACACCUAGUGACGAUCCCACAAUGGUGGCAAACAACGUCGGGGAUGAUUUCGCGUUACCGUCGACGUCGUCCUCGUUGUCGUCCUCGGUGGAUUUGCCGCCCUCUCGGCGUUCCUAAAUCGAAACGGCACCGCAAAGGGAGCGACGACGACGACGACCAGGCGAAUUGUCGGCCAGUGUUUGUGCGUCGUUACCUUACCCGUUGGAGGCGGCGACGGAGACAGCGAUAGCGACUAUAAACACGUUUUAAAAGUCCCGACCGCAACCGCCUCCCGAGACUCGAAGUCAAGUGUCAGUGAUUUUGUUGUUUUUUUUUUUGUUUUUUUGGAAGUUUCCGUUGUCGGUGUUUACGUACGUCCGAUCCGGUUCCAGGAUAUCUCUCAAGUCUAUCUCUCUGUCCGUACCUCUACCUUGAUGCGGAAAGUCGGCAUGGCUGGUAGUGACACCUUCACUUCGGUGACGUCCUUAUGAUGGAAAAUAUUGGAAAAAUGAUAGAACAGCAAGCAUUAGGUGAACAAACGGUCGAUUCUCCAGAUAGUAGCGCGCAUGCGGUAAUCGCCGGUGGCAUGGAGACGCAGGUUGUCCGUAUGAGGCUCGUGUCACGCGCCGUGGUCGAAAGACGUCUCGUCAAACAAGAAGAGGCUGAUGGCCCUCUUUCCGUUAUUGUGCAACCUCAAGAAGAAUCCAGGGACUCGGAGUUACUCAGUCCCGAGAAACUCAGCCCGGGAUCCGUCACCGUGGCUAAUAUGAUAGACAACAAUGAUUACCGCACCUUGAAUCCCGAACCAACGUACCAGACUCUAACCUCGGUGAACGGCAGGAUGUCGCCUCCGGUUUACAGCCCGAGUUCCUCUUAUGCCACGCUAACGCCGUUGCAACCUCUGCCGCCCAUAUCGACGAUGUCCGACAAGUUCGCGUACGGUCACGCCAGCAAUGUCAGCGGCUCCUUCACGGUGAUGCAAAACAAUUUGGGUCUAGGAGUCAAUGCUACCACACCUUAUACGAUGACGAACAUGGGCAUGACUCCGCCGCACAAUUACUCUUCGCCCGGUAUAGGUAUGCAACAACAAUCGAGUCCAAUCAGUCCUCAAAGUACGUACAGCCAAAACGGCCUGCCAUCGCCGCAGAAAAGCAUGUCACCUCCUAGUUACGAUUCACCUUACGGCAACCAACGUGAUAUGGUACCGCGGUUGCACAGCCCACAGUUAAGUCCGCCCUCUGCCUCGUUGAACUCACCUGACGGUACACUCGUCACCAAUUUUAGUUCUACUACUUUAAAUGGACUAGGUUUACAAAAUCACCCGCCUACCUUAGUGCAGAUAGCGCCUCAGCAAAGAGACUGUUCCCCAUCACCUCCUGUGGUUACGUUACAAAGUGGUCCUGCGGUUUCUGUUAGUCAACAACAACAACAACAGCAACAGCAGCAGUCGAUGCAGAUCACCACGAAAACUUCUAGUCCCGGAUCGCUCAGUGUUCCUGCAAUUGCAGCGGACGUCGAAGAGAUCAACACUAAAGAACUCGCUCAGAGGAUAAGUGCUGAACUGAAACGGUAUAGCAUCCCGCAAGCUAUAUUUGCCCAAAGGGUGCUGUGCAGGUCUCAAGGAACCCUCUCCGAUCUUCUGAGGAAUCCCAAACCUUGGUCCAAACUGAAAUCAGGCAGAGAAACGUUCAGGAGAAUGUGGAAAUGGUUGCAGGAGCCGGAAUUUCAAAGAAUGUCCGCUCUCAGGCUUGCAGCUGCGCAGAUACCUCAACGAGGCAGUUGCAAACGGAAAGAAGACCCGACCACGAAUCAAGAACCACUCCCUACCCCCAAGAAGCCGAGAUUAGUUUUUACAGACCUCCAACGGCGUACACUCCAAGCUAUUUUUAAGGAAACGAAGAGGCCAUCGAAAGAAAUGCAAGUGACAAUAGCGAGGCAGUUGGGACUCGAGCCGACGACGGUGGGCAACUUUUUUAUGAACGCCCGAAGGAGAUCGAUGGACAAGUGGAAAGACGAGGAUCCGAAGACGUCGCAGGGCCACCUCCACCAGCAAAUGUCGCCCGGCAUGGAUGACGAUUUAGAUCAGGACGGAGACAUGGACAAUGAUAUGGACGAUCACGAUGAUGUCUUGUGACAUGCAUUACGAGAUCGACAGUUGUUAUUGCUGUGACACUUUGUUUAAGUGUAGCGUUGUCUAGGACAAUUAGCAUAGUGUAGAUUCACCAAUUGUGUAUUUGACCUACAAGUUCUUUAUUUCCUUUCCGUUUUUGGUUUUCUUUGCGGCGAAAUGAGAAACUUCAACAAGACAAUCCAUGUAAUUGUAAAAACGUACCAAUUGAAUUAUUUUCGUAUGUGCGAGCUCGCCGGUGUAUUCUACAAACAGAUUUUGCUUCAAAAGCAAACAUUUUCUAAUACAGUACAACUGUGAUAUUUACUAUAAAAAUAUUGUUUAAGAAAAUUUACGCGAAGAUAUUUAAGAAAUACAGUUCGUUUCGAUAACGACGCUCUCAAUUUAUAUUAUUAAAGUAAGAUUCUUUUUAAAUAAAAAGCUAUUUCAACUGCAUGUAGAAUAAGUUUCCGCACGAUCUGAUAAUCUCCAAUAAAUUGAUUUUUUAAUGAUAGAAUUCAAUGCAAACUUUAUUUAGAUUAUAAUUAUAAUAGAGAAUGUUUGUAAUAAUAUGUAAGUAAUCAGAAUACUCAGCUAAUCAGUGUAGAAUAUACCAGAAAGUUAGCAUAUACCUAAUAGUCGAAUAAUAAAUGUUAGUAUUGGAGACAAUGUUAAAAAUGUAGUCGUAACUUAACUUAAUUUUUGAUAAAAAAAUCAUUGCAUUACCAUCACAAACCACACAUUCCUGAAUCUAGUGUUCUUCACUCACAAAUUUAGUAUAAAUUUUUGAAAAAAAGUGCGCUUCCGAUUAUUUAUUUUUACGGAUUUUGUAUGCGUGCCUUAAUUUUAUGUUUUUAAUUGAUUUCCAUACCUCUUUACAUUCCUUUUGGUAUUAUUGUUUUAUUAUAAUUUGUGGUUAGAAAUUACAUCUUCAACAAUCAUAAUGCCUACUAAUAAUUUAAAAUAUUUUAAUGGCAAAACUGAAAGUUUUACGAAGGAUAAUAUUGUUUAUUUUAUGUGCUAAAGCAAACUGUUUGUUGGUGAUUUGAGUUUAUUUUUUGUUUAUUUUAAGAGACAAUCUACCUACUUUUGUAUGAUUUUGCACGUUUUAUUAUUUAUUUUAACCUUAUAGGUAUUACCAUUUCUUUUGAGAAUAAGAGGACUGAGACUUAUUUUUUAGGAUUUGCAGUGGGUGAAGUCCAAAUUAAAUUAUAUUAAUAGAUACGGUGAUUUUUUGUUAUCUAGUCAAACUGUAUAUAAUUGUUAUAAGUUGCCCCUUUUAUUUAUUAUAUUUAUUGAAAAAAAUUAUGAUAAAAUUAAGAAAGCUUAGGUUUAUAAAAUUUAGUAACGUUAAGUUAUAGAUUUAAAUAUUAAUUAACACCUAUAUUUUCAAUCACUCAUACGAAUUGAAUCAUUGAGUUCAUACCAGCUAAUUUAUUUGUUAUUGGAGAUUGAUAAUAUCGUUUGUUAAUUUACCAUAAACACGACCUGAUUAGUCAAAGUGUUUUAUUUCUACAGGUCAAAUACGAAUAAUGAAAUUUCUACACAAAAAUUGUAAAAUAUUAAUACGCUAUAUUUUGGUAAAAAUCUAAAGUUUAUAUUUUAGCACAAAUAAAAUGGUCUGUAUAUAAAUAUGGAUAGAUGAUGUACAAAAUAGCAUUUCAAUUUUUUGUGAAAAGUAGAGUGACAAUUAUUUCCCAUUUGCCACAGUAUGAAAGAUACUUUUUAUUUCGUUUAACUGUCUACCUUGUAAUAACAGUAACUACUACAGGAAUGAUGUUAGACCUUAAAAAUAUUAUGUCUAGUAAAUUACAAAUGAUUUGGAUAAUUCUUUAGGAAAUCUUUUAAUGUGUUAAAUAUUUUAAAAACAAAUUGUGCCGUUUCACUCUGUUACAAUUUAGGUCUAUUUUAACAACUCGUCUUUUAUAUUAAAUAUUAUAAAAAUGUCUCAAUCUAAAUCAAUCGCUUUUUGCAAUAUAUGUUUAUUUAAUCUGAAACAAAUGAUGCUUAUAUUUUUAUGUUUUCUGGAAACAGAACAAUUUGUCAAUAUUUUACUAUAAUGAGCUUAUCAAUUUUUAUAUAAUUUAGAUGCAGAUUUGUUUUAUCAAAUCCUCAAGUGCUAAACAAAAUUUUUCUUGCUCGAAGAAUUUUUAAAGAAAUUAAUUCUCCGGUUGGGCGUUAAAAAAUCCCCUAGAUAUCAAAUGAAUGUUGUUAUUUCGAUUUUCUGUGUACGAAUUUGAAAAAGAAAACCCUUAAUUUAUCCAAAUUUUUGUAAUGUCGCAUUAUCAUUUAUAUUUCUAGAUAUUGAAAUAAGCAACAACAAUAAUACUGUUAAAGAAUUUGUAAAUAGUGCGAGACAAGAAAUUACCUAUUAUUGUUGGGAUCACUUUUGCUAUAGAUCAUUGAAGAAGGUCAUAUUCAAAUCAUAGAACUUGGUUCAUUUUUAUAUAAAAUUUAUAUGUAAACUAUUGUAAGCAUAGCUCCCUUUUUGUUACUUUGUGUGAUAAUAUAAUUUUAAAAUAAUUAAAAAAAAACACCAUUCGUGGAAAAUGAUCCACGGUAUGCCUUAAGAUGUUUACUAAAUGCAUCGGUUUUUCUGCCUCUACUGAAUUUUAUGGGUUAUUUUGCAAAGGGUUUAAUCAAAAUGUUUACACUAUCAUUGUACCAAUUGUAUUACCAAUCAAAAACAGUUUAAUAAAAAAACGGGAGUAAUUCACAGUUUUUGUUACGAUACAAAUAUUUGUAUGCAUGGGUAAAAAAUCUGAUGCAUUUAGUCGUUGUAUAAAUCUAGUCAGCACGCCAUUUUUUUCUGUUUUUUUUAUGUAUUUUCCCGUUAUUAGUCUACAUUUCAACGAAAUAAACUCUACAAUUCGCCAUUAUUUUUAUUGCUUAUAAAUUAGAAUUAAUAUUUUUAUAACUAAUAAUUGUUUUGUAAAUUUCAUCGAUCUCUAAAGAGUUUAUUGAGUUGAUUGGGAGAUAAUAUUGUAUUAAUACUCUAGUAGUGAUUCAGGGGUUAGUAAUUUUCCGUUUAUCCGCUCAAACGAAUCAGAUUUGGCCAGAUUUUUCGAGUUCUUUUGGCAUAUGUUUUCGAAUUGAUAAGUUUCUGCACGAUUAGCACUUAAACAAUUUUUUACUUCAGCAAGUACGAAUUAUUAGUAAGAUCCGAUGGAUUUGGGCCCAUUUUUAAACUGUUUUCAAAUACACUCAAGUGGACUUUUAAAUACUUGAACCCAACUGAAGUGGUCGCUAGAUGUACAUAAUUUUUAUAAAUAAUUGAUAAUUAAAAAUUAUUCUUUUACAGUAAAAAUUGUUCAUUGUGCACUUCGUUUAUUGUAUAAUCAAUGUAAUUGAUCGAAGGGUAUUUUCAGAAAGGCAUUCCCAAUCCCAGCAACUAAAAGUAUUUUCUAAAUUUUUAAUUUUAUACGAAUGUUCUCGACGCUUUAGGUAUUGGGCGAUUUCUUUCCAAAAAUAUUGUGAAUAUUUUUGAAGAAUCUGAGAAUAUCCUGUAAAUAACUGGAUGCUUCAUAGAUUUCAAUGUUAUUUUUAAAUGGAAUUGAAAACAUUUUAAAAGGCAAAAAUCUGUUUAAAUGACGUUUUAAAAAUCUGUUACAAACAUAAAAAUUUCUUAAUUACCUUGCGAUAUAAUUUUAGUGCAAUAGAUGAAAAGUGUAAAAAUGGCAAUACCAUAUCCCUUCAGUGUACGUUCGUGAUUUUCACGGAGGUACACUUCUGUAGAAAUAUAGCGUUGAUUAAAGAAAUAUUGAA